CGAGCCAAAAUCGUCAAUAUGAUGAUUAAACCGUACAGCAACCAGAGAUGGACAUCGUCGAUUACUCUGAAUCACGAACAAGAUAAAUCUUUAAUGCCUAUAAACAGAUCGAACAAAUUUUCUUCCACCGUAGACCCAUGUUACGUGCCACCAUCUCGAGCUGGCAUGGAACUGGUGAAAUUUCCCAGCCUAGGCCAAGAUAUGGGUAAAUCCAUCAAUACCGGAGCCAUCGCCUUAUCUUCUCGAUUUACUCCUUACGAAUGGACUCAGAUGAAUUUGAAACAUUACAGCGAAGCGGAUACCAAUCGUAAUUACGCUGAGAAGUUACGUUCGGAUGCUGUUCGAGCGAUGAGGGAAACCGAAGAAAAGACAUUCUCUGGCCAAAGGGAUACAUGCAGAAGGUUAUCGGAACGUUUGAAUGAUAUCAUGUUCUGGAGAAAUGAAUUGGCCACUGAGUUGGAGAGAAUGUUGUCGGAAAUACAUCUUUUGCAAGAUGUCAGGAGAGCCCUGGAGAAAUCUAAUCAAGAUUGCGAUCCUCCAUUGCACAUGGCUCAAGAGUGCUUGUACUUUCGCGAAGGCAGACAAGGUAUCGAUAUGGUAAGAGAUCAAGCAGAAGAAUCUCUCUUACAAGAGGUGACCACUUUACAAAAAUGCAAAGAAAAGCUCACCAAUUACCAUCAAAAAGUUUUGGAACAGCUUCGCGAAAACAGAAAUUCGCAGCAUGAACUCGAGUUGGACUUGAAAAGCAAAGAAUCAGCUUUGGAAAUCGAUAGCAGCUGCCACCAUUUAAAUAAUUUCUCCAAUAAUAUCAAUUAUUUCGCCGGAAUUGAUAAGUUCGACCAGACAGUAAGUGUACCAGAAUCUUGGUCCGAGAAUUCGAACAGGGUUAUCCAAAGAUCGCAAAAUCGAAGAAUUAAAUCAUCCCAGUUGCGAACCGAGUCAGAAAACACGAUGAACGAGUGCGCCAAUAAUAUGUGGAAUUCGUGGAAUUUCACCAAUAGUGCUCUAUCUCGCAGGACUAAUGAGAUUUUGGAGGCGAAGAAUAAAUUACAAAUGCAUUUGCAUAAGGUGCAACAAGAAAUAUUUGACGUUGAAAAAAGCAUGGACAUGAUAAAAAGAGCAAUAAACGAUAAAAGUAACCCCCUUAAAGUGGCUCAGACCAGAUUAGAAUUCCGAACACAUCGUAAAGACAUAGAAUUAUGCAGAGAUAUUGUUCAAACAAGAUUACAAAAGGAAGUGGAAGAUCUACAAACGAACAUUCAUUAUUUGAAUCAAAAACUAAGGGAGGCCGAAAGUCAACACCAGCAAUUACUCAUAACACGUUCAAAUUUGGAAAAAGAUCUAGAAGUGAAAGUCAACUCGUUAUUCAUCGAUCGCGAAAAAUGCCUAGGUUUACGUAAAGCUUGCCCAGUUACAACUUUCCUCAAGUAUUGAAAUACCUACCUGUACCUACGUAAAUAGUUUCAAAAUGAAAUAUAAUUUUCGUUAUAGUUACA